GGUUCCUAGCUCCCCGAUUCGGAUUCUUCUCAGCCUCGCUGGCAGUUUUUCCUGGGAGCUUCCACCUGAAAUGCAGCUGCUUCUGGGGUGGGAUGUGUCAGCUCACAGGAGCAGGGGAGGGUGGCUCUGAUCCAGCUGGGCGGGUAAGGGGUUGCCCAGUGCAAAGGGGUGUGCCCAACUCAGUGAGCACAGAGACUGCCGUGUGUCCGGGAACGUUGGGAAGCCUGCCAUGGCAAUCCUGGCAGGAAAAGCCUCCCUGGGCAGCGGCCCCGGAAGAGCCCCAGAGCCAGGGGUGGGCUGGACAGGAGCCGGAAGCCGAGAAAGAGGUCUGGCUGCCAUGAAGAAGACCCACACAUCCCAAAUCGAAGUGAUUCCGUGCAAGAUCUGUGGGGACAAGUCCUCGGGGAUUCAUUACGGCGUCAUCACGUGUGAGGGCUGCAAGGGCUUUUUCCGUAGGAGCCAGCAAGGCAAUGUCACCUACUCCUGCACCCGCCAGCAGAACUGCCAGAUUGACCGGACCAGCCGCAACCGUUGCCAGCACUGCCGCCUCCAGAAAUGCCUCAGCCUCGGCAUGUCCCGGGAUGCCGUCAAGUUCGGGCGCAUGUCCAAGAAGCAGCGCGACAGCCUCCACGCUGAAGUGCAGAAGCAACUGCAGCAGCAGCAGCAGCAGCAGGGUGGGGAGGCGGCCAUGGCCUCUGCAUACGCCCUGGGCCUGGCCAACGGGCAGCUUAAGUUGGCCUCGGACCCUGACCUGCUGGAGGCCUCGGCCUGCCCUGGUGCCCUCCUAGCUGAGCAGGCACGGCUCGGCCGGGUGCCCGAAGAACCACCAGCGCUGGCCUUCUCCAACGGACUGGCCAAGGCCCACGGCCGGCUGGGUGGUGACCCGCGUGGCCCCUUUGCCAGGGAGUACAGCCCCGAGCGCAUCAAGAUGGAUGCCCGGGGCAGCAUCUUCUAUGGGCCGGAUGCCCAGGCCUCGCCCGACCCCACCAGGCUGGACAUAGGGGCCAAGCGGGGCCUGGGCAGCGGCAACCCCGGGGAGUCCGUCGACUUCUACACCAGCCCCAGCUUCACCAGCAUCUUGGAGUCUCCCCACUCCUCAGUGACUGAGAUCGAGCACCUCACCCAGAAUGUCCUCAAGUCGUACCGCGAGACCUGCCAGCUGCGCCUGGAGGACCUGCAGCUCCUGCGCUGGGAGACCUUCUCGCGGGAGGAGGUCAGCACCUACCAGAAGAAGUCCAUGGAGGAGAUGUGGGAGCGCUGCGCCUGCCGCAUCACCGAGGCCAUCCAGUACGUGGUGGAGUUUGCCAAGCGCAUGGGCGGCUUCAUGGAGCUGUGCCAAAAUGACCAGAUCGUGCUGCUCAAAGCAGGCGCCAUGGAAGUGGUGCUGGUGAGGAUGUGCCGUGCCUUCAACUCGGAGAACAGGACGGUCUUCUUCGAGGGCAAAUACGCUGGCCCGGAGCUCUUCAAGUCCCUUGGCUGCAACGAGCUGAUCAACUCCAUCUUCGACUUCGCACAUGGGCUCUGCUCCCUGCACUUCACUGAGAACGAGAUCGCGCUCUUCACUGCCCUCGUGCUCAUCAACGCCAACCGCCCAUGGCUGCAGGAGAAGGGCAAGGUGGAGCGGCUGCAGGACAAUCUGGAGCUGGCCUUCAAACACAUGCUGCGCAAGAGCCACCGUGAGGGCCUCCUGGCCAAGCUGCCGCCCAAGGGCAAGCUGCGCAGCCUGUGCUGCCAGCACAUGGAGAAGCUGCGCUCCUUCCGGCAGAUGCACCCAAUCGUGGUCCACGCCGUGUUCCCCCCGCUCUACAAGGAGCUCUUCAGCGCCGAGGGUGAGCCGCAGGGCCUGGUGGCCGAGUGACCAGCAUCCAGCAAGGCUUGGCCCUGCUCCAGCCAGGGGAUGGGGGCUGGACGCCUGGGUUCUGCCCCCAUCGAAUCAGUUCCCUUCGUUCUGGGCCUCAGAAGCAGGAAAAGAGGGGCAUUCCCUACCUCACUGCGCUGAAGGACGCUCACGAUGCACUUUGAGGGGCCCCCACAAAAUCAGCUCCUUCUGGCUGAGGCGAACACCCCAUCCUCACAGCCCCAGGACAGGACCUGGUCCCCAGCUGGCGCGUGCUCGGUGCUGUACAUAGCAGAAGCCUCUACUGGGGGCUGGGGGCCUAUCUUAGCCAAGCAUCUCCUUACCUAGGAGGUUUGGGGCGGGGGGAGCAGUCUCUCCUUCUCCUCCCCACCUCCUGACUUUACUGUCAGUGUUUCAAGGCCAGCAGGUGUUUGUAUGCUUAGUAAGGUCUAUCUAGAUAUAUAUAUAUAUAUUGUAUAAAGUAAUAUAAAAGAUGCUAUUUUUGCAAGGGAGCCUGGCCCGGGGGGAGGGGGGACUGAUCAGGCUGCUUGUGUACAAGGGGUCAAUACGAUGCUUUCAUACAGCUCCUGGCACCUGGUCGGAGCGGUCCAAGCCAAACCUCGAUGUUCCCCACACAGUGCCGGGAGCCUCCCCUGACUUCCAAGCAGCACAGGCAGGCAGUCUCCAUACACUCAGCCAAAGUUGCCUUGUGUGCCAGCCCCAUGCAUCAGGCCCUGUGCCCAGCCCACCCCUCUUUGGGUGUCGGCAUGGGACGGGAAGCUCUUGGUGCUGGGAGCUGUGGGAACAGGCCUCAAGGCAGCUCCUCCACCAGCUCAGUCAGUCUCUGUCUCGUUUAUAGCAGGACAUUUUCUGGGUGGAAAAAUGUUUUUUGCAUCCUGAAUUUCCCAGUGCAACUUCCUCAUUGGAAGAG